CUAGACUACAAAGCUACAUAGACAAUAGUGGUACUUUACUCCACUGUCUCGUUCUCUCUCUUAAGAAACCUCAGCUAAAACAUUUUCGUUUCUCUCUCUACUCUUUUUCUCCUCCAUUUCCAGACCUAAAAGCGGUUUUUGGGAAGUGGCCGUGGAGGGAAACAUUUCUGGGUGACGAGGGCUGUUUUGAUCUGACAAAUCUGAGUUUCCGGGAAGUGGUUUGGACAUGGAGACAAAUAACAACACAGUGGAAGAAAAUCCUCCACCCAAGUCUUCAGCACCUCUUAUUCCAAUCAGUUCAAUUUGUAUAGAACUACCACCAGCUCCAGUGGUGGUUAGGCAGCCCGGAAAUUGUCAUGACAACUUUUGUUUACGUGAGUAUGUACUUGAAAAGAGGAGCACUAAUCCCAGUGGUUCCGGGCUGUUUUCACCGGAUGACCCCAUCGGUUCCAUGGAACAACUUCCACCGAUGGAGGUCCCGAGAUUUAGAUUUUGGCGCUGCACAGAUUGUGUUAGUGAAUUCGAGAGCACUACUGCUAAAGUGCUCCAGGAAACACAGGAAGGUGCUGCAACACUAAAUACUGAGGGCAUUCAAGCUGUUAAUGCGAACGUUUGCUUGAAUGCAAAUACAGUAGAAGGUUCGUUAUCACUAGCUAGAAUGGAUGAGAUGGGUGCUGUAGAUGAUAAAAAUGAGACAAAUGAACCAGUGGAGGAUGCAGCUGAAACUAAUAUAAAUGGAGUAGCUGUUGAGACAAGAGAAGAUACUCCUAGUGGUCAUGUCAAUGUACCAGCACAAGAAGUUACUGCUGAUGCCAAUAUCAGUGCUCCAAGUGAGCUGCACGAAUCUGCUGAUCAGAAUGCUCGUGACACACGUAACACUGCACCAGCUGAUCCUGAAAGUGAACAGUGCCGGGACCAUGAAAAUGCAACUGGUAUGCCGCGUAAAAAAGUUAGAAAGGUCCGGUUGUUGACGGACCUUCUGGGUGAAAAGAGCAGUUCAAGAUGUGGUGCAAGAGAAGCUGUGCCACUUGAACCUUCUCGGCCAGAGAACACCGGGUCUGAGGGUCAGAUUAAUCCCAGCAAAGACAUUCAUAGCAGUGUCCGUAGUCCUCUCAGAAAAACUAAGCCUGUUGGGGAAGAAGACGAGAGAAAUGAUCCCACCAACGUGGCAGUAAACACUAAGGCUCCCAGGAGAGAUACUGGGAAAGCCAUUAUGAUGGUGGAAGCCCGUGACUCAGAAGAGGAAGUGAAUGCCUGUGGUGGAGAAGGAUUAUUCAUUGGAACAAAGAGCGAACGGUUGAGGCACAGACGCAGCAGCACAACUCCUGCACUUGGUAGGCAAAAUAGCAAGCAGCCUCAAGUACUUGAUUGUGGUACCAUUCCAUCUUUGACAAGACGAGUACAGGCUCCUUCAGAAGCUGGGAAUUUUGGGAAUCUCCAGUCUGCUGAACAAAGAGAGCACGGUCAUAUUGAUUUGGCAUCUGGAGGGUUAAAUCCACUACUAUCUCUCAACAAUGCUGCUGAAGGACUUGAUCUUUCUCUCGACAUUUUUGCUAAGAAAGCUAUCAAUCAAAGCAGUGAGGGUGUUAGGAAGGCUGGGAUGCUUUUUGGGAAACCUCUUACACCGAAUCAGUCUGAUGGAUAUCAGAGAAGAAGUCCCCAGUUUGAUCUCAAUGAGAGAGCUUCACAUAAGGAAAUGGAUUUUCUCCAGCUGGGUUUCAAUGGAAAAAGCUCUGGAGUUCCAGGAAAUUUGAAAGAAAGUGAUCACAAGGCAGAUGAUAUCCCCAUGGACAUCGUUGAGCUACUGGCGAAGCAGCAGUAUGAAAGGAGGAAUGGAGAUGCAGGAGCAAGUUCUGGACCUUCUGGUGCUCAUGUGACCAGCAACACAGCAAGGGGGUUUCUUGAGGUAGGCGAGAUAAGGACUGUGGGGCAGUUCGUAAAGGAAUUUCCCAACUUCCCUAGCUUCCGAGGUGUUAACUCGCGAAGUGGGAUUUCUACAGCAAGCAAUUACAUAGGGUCUGCUAAGGGAAACUCCACUAAUUUCUCGCACAUGGGAAGAAACAAUUUCAAAUUGUUCCAAGGAGGGGAAAAUCAACUCAACAGCAUUUUCACGGCUUUCGCACAUAACCAGCACAAACAAUAUGGCGGAGUUCAAGUUCCUGCUACUACUUCCGUGAGGCCUGAUUUGCCGUGCAGUGAACCUGUGGACCCUUUAUUGUUAUCAGGACCUACCAAAUUGUCUUUUGAACUUGGGGUGCAACAGAAGCUUCCUGGUGAGCAACAUAAAGGCAAAACUAUCAGCGACAUCAAGGCAGAUGAGCUUAAAAGAACUGAGGAAGCUAGGCUAAUGUUAUCUAAACCAGGAGAUACCAUUGUUAGCUCAAAAGAAAGGGGCCCACUAGAUGCCUAUGCUAAUGAUAGCAUUCCAGCAAUGCAGCUACUAAGUCUCAUGGAUGGGCGGCCAUCAGGAGCUACUUUCAAUUUGGGCUCAAGCAAGAUCGUGGACAAGCCAUUUGCUCCCUGCAGUUAUCACCCCAGGUUCAGCACAAAUGAGAGACAGGAUUUCCUGAACCGGUCCUUCCUUUCAAGCCCAAGUCACCCAAAGGAAACUUCUGGCCUCAGGAUUUCUUAUUCUGAUAUCUACCAAAGAUCGAGGCCGCUUCCAGCUGUUUUACCUGGUCAAAUAUCUUUCAAAACUCCAGAACAAGAGAAGCCAAGGGAGAAAUCAAAAAAGAGUGGGUCUGGCACUGGUUUUGGUCCGAGCUCUUCUCGUGGCAAGGACAAGCAAACAGCAACUCUUCAUGCUUCAGAUUCGAUUGUGCAUCCUCAGAAGCAUCACAGACUUGAAGGUCCACGGAGGUUCAACUUGGAGGCCUCUGGUAUAACGGGAGGAGUUGGGCGAGCAAAUGGCGUGUCAUCAGAGGGGGAAUGUGGUUGGAACAGAAAUCCUGCUGAUUUUAGCUUGCCUGUAGCAGGAAAUGAAUACACAAUCUGUGCAAGGGAUCUGAAAUUUCGGAAGAGGAAUGCAUCAAGGGAGAAGCGUUCAAGCGUUAAAGCUAAUGGUGCAAAGAGGCAGAGGAAGGCCAAGUCUGGGACUGAGCCUCAAUAGAGUUAUGCCUCUUAGGGUUGCAAAUUAUUCUGCAGCAGCACCAGAUGUGUCAUAUGGAAAGCAGAAAUUCAUGGUUGAAUUCUCAUUCAUAUUUAUACCUUAGAACACAGAAGUUUUUGGAUUUUGAAUUUUCAGCAAAUUUUGCUGGAUUUUAGUGAUUAUCAAAUAAGACAGUCAAAUUAUGUCAAUGUUUUAAGAAAAUAACUGUCUUGGUUACAUCAUACAAGUUUAACCUGAUUAGGACCUGGAUAUCUUGCUUUGUAUAUGUUUUGCUUAAUCAUAUAUGCUUGUCCUGAUUAGGUUCCAGGAUCUUUGCUUUUGUGCUAUGUGCGUGCAAAUGAUGUUUAAUAUGUUGCUUUAGCAAAAUAUACCUGACUUAUGAUGUCUGAAUUUCAGAAACGUAUAUUUGGUUUGUGUAUGCUCAUCCUGCAUUCGAAACAUGGAGCAGAGAUAGAGCACAAUAGUUCAUGCUUGUUGGGCAAAAGCAACUAAGCAUUGAAAAAAUGCCGAGCAGCAUAUAGCUUCUUGGGUUGGUGCUAUAGCUAAUACUUCCAGGAUUAUCUUGAUCGCUUGUGUUCAAGAAGGACAAAGAGAACAUGAAUGUAGUCCUUACAUUUCCUGCUCUAAUGCACCCUCCCUGUUUCUGAAAUUUUGAUUAUCUUUUCGAUGUCUUAAAAGGUUGAAAGCCAAGCUGGCUUCAAUUCUGGAUUCUGCAGUAAACAGGGAAAGCUUUUACCUCAGAAUGAUUUGCGUCUGCAUUUGACAGACAACCUAUCUUUAGCAAAAUAUGCUUGAAUCUCGAUGUCUGACUUUCAGAAAAAGUGUGCGUGCUUCAUGUUUGCACAUCCUGCAUUCAGAACAUAGAGCAGAGAUGGAGCACACUAGUUCGUGCUUGUUAUGCUAAAGCAAUUCAGCAGUUCAAAGCAUAUAGCUUCUUGUGUUGCUGUUUAAGCUAAUACUUCCUGAAAGAUCUUGAUUUUUGUGUGAAAGAUCUUGAUUUUUGUGUUCAAAAUCAAUAAAAAGAGGAUGAACGUAAUCCUGACAUUUCCUAUUCUUAUGCAUCUGAUUUUUGAAAAUUUGAUAUUAUUUUCAAUGUCUUUAAAGGUUGAAAGAUCUGCAGUAAACACGGAAAGCUUUUACCUCAGUAUAAUUUGCUUCUACAUUUGACAGACUACCUAUCUGCUGCAUAUUUAUACGGGGUGUACUUGGUUUGCAAAUCACAUUUUACUGCCGAUCAGCGGGAAAGCUGGAUUUUGAUUAGCUGAGAUUGAUGUCUAGCCAAAGAUAAUCUCUGCAAUGGCAUUUGGAGAUAUUGGGAUCCUUUUACACCCGGAAUUGGCUAUAAUCACAUGACAAUUGUGUACUGGAAGGUAACACUGUAGACAUGAGCACAAAUUCUGCACAUAAUACUGAGAUUCUGGAUUUCGUAUUCAAGAGAAACAGAAUUAUUAUUCUAGAUUCACAGGAUAUAUAUAUUUAAGAAUUAGGUACACAAAGUUUUUCUCUC